AUGCGACCACGUUACACGGUGGUUGCGUCUUUGUCAAGACUCCACCGCACCUUCUUGACCGCCCCAAGCUCAAGUGAUGAGGGCUUUGACUUCAUCUUCUAUAUGACCAAUAAGGCUAAAUCAAUCAACAAGGCACUAAACGACGCCGUUCCACUCUGCAAUAACCCAUUAGUACUCAAGAUCCACGAGGCAAUGAGGUACACGCUUCUCUCAGGUGGAAAACGCGUAAGGCCAAUGCUUUGCUUGGCUGCAUGUGAGCUCGUGGGCGGCCAAGAGUCAACCGCAGUGCCAGGUGCAUGUGCGGUCGAGAUGAUCCACGCGUCGUCUCUCAUCCAAGACGAUCUCCCUUGUAUGGACGACGAUAGUCUCCGCCGCGGAAAACCUACAAAUCAUAAAGUUUUUGGAGAGGAUAUAGCCGUCUUGACCGCUGAUGCGCUCAUAGCUUUGGCCGUCAAGAAGCUGGCGUCAUCCACUUCGUUUGGAGUCUCUCCAGAGAGGGUUCUACGGGCCGUUCUGGAGAUGGCGAAAGCCGUAGGAACAGAAGGGCUCGUUGCGGGUCAAGCUGCCGAUCUGGCCGGAGAAGGGAUGAGCCUGGAGGAAAAUGAAGUCGGACUGAAGCAUCUUGAGUUUAUACAUAUUCACAAAACGGCUGCGUUGCUUGAAGCGGCGGCUGUUAUAGGAGCUAUAAUUGGAGGUGGCUCUGAUGAAGAGAUCGAGAGGCUUAGGAGAUACGCUAGAUGCACUGGGUUGAUGUUUCAGGUGGUCGACGAUGUGCUUGACGUGACCAAGUCAUCGGAAGAGCUGGGGAAAACCGCCGGUAAAGAUUUGAUCGCUGGAAAGAUGACGUAUCCGAGAGUGAUGGGAGUGGAGAAAUCGAGAGAAUAUGCUGAGAAGUUGAACAGAGAAGCGCGUGAACAUCUUCAAGGGUUUGAUUCAAACAAAGUGGCUCCCUUGUUAUCUCUUGCUGAUUACAUUGUCAACCGACAAAAUUGA